UAGCUUUGUGCUCAGACAGCCGCGCACACUAGAAGCUUCAGCCCGGGAACCUGACACCCAUCAGCCACGCUCGCCAUCUAAUCCUGUCUAAAUGCGUCUGUUGGAGGUGAUCCUUCACUCCUCUUCGGGGAUGAAGAGCAAACCCCCGCAGGCGGACGCGCCUCGGCGGGUGGAGCCGCACAGUUUCGAGGUGUCGGUGAAGCAGCUGAACGACCUGCUGACGGACGACAGCGGCUUUUACAGCUGGCCCACCAAACACUUCCAUGAGGUUUACCCCAGGAUCUACAUCGGGAAUGCGUUUGUGGCGACCAACGUGUUGCGCCUGAAGCGCAUCGGCAUCACCCACAUCCUGAACGCGGCGGAAGGAAACUCCUUCAUGCACGUCAACACCAGCUCCCAGUUCUACGCCGGCACGGGCAUCGUGUACCACGGUGUGCCGGCCAGCGACACCGACCACUUUGACAUCAGCGUUUACUUCCAAGAAGCUGCGGAGUUCAUCGAGACGGCGCUGAGAUCCAAGAACGGAAAAGGCAGAGUCUACGUUCACUGCAGGGAAGGCUACAGCCGCUCGCCAACUCUGGUCAUCGCCUACUUGAUGCUCUACAAAAAGAUGGACGUGUACAGCGCUCUGGCCACGGUGCGGCAGAAGAGGGAGAUCGGACCCAACGACGGAUUCCUGCGUCGGCUUUGCCAGCUGAACCAGAGGCUGGUGGCCGAGGGGAAGCUGUGGAACGAGUGAAGGUCGCAGGAGGGUCAGGUGACCUGGGAUAGAAGGAAAGGAAAUCUGAAGUGAAGUUCAACUCAGAAGUGAAGGAACAUUCCUGGAAAACAGAGAGUCAGAGUAGAGAUACACCACACAUGUAUUUGGGCUCCAAAGUGCAUAAAAGCUUAAUUCCACUGUCUCCUCACCUGAAUGACCUUAAAGAAAGGAGAUCAGCCCACAUCUCUUAAUAUGGAUUCAAAACCUGAUCCUAAACAAUCAGAUUUUUCCUGAAUUCUCUCCUUCUUUUUCUCCAUUUGUCUUAAAAGAAUUUUAUAAAAACGUCCAGGUGACUCCAGAGAGGCUUUGCCGGAGAUCAGGCGUAACUGGAGCCUUUUAUAUUUCCUGAAAGUUUUGCACAGAACAGGUUUUAUUCUGGGAAGGAAAUGUUUACAUAAACAUUCAGUGAUGGAAAAGCGAGGUUGCUGCAGGAGCUCCAGUAUGGUUCUGUCCUGCAAACACUGCCAAACGUCUCUCCACAGACACUCAACAUUUUAGGACACGGUUGUAUAUGUGAUCUCUAUUUUAACCACACAGUAUUUGACCUGUGCUGCUCACAUUUCUUGACUCUGAAGUAUUUCUGUCUGCAGUUUGGUGUCAUUUGUACUUGAAUAGAAAGACACGCCUUCCAUUGUGUAUAGAGAUUUUGUUUUUAUUAAAGCUCAUUUAAAACAGGCAAAGUCAGUUAGUUAUAAGAGUAAUACGCUUGGAAUUAAAUGGAAAUAAUAUUAAUAUUUGCUCUUAACUUAAAGUGAGAUGUUGUUACUCAGCUUAACUCAAACCUUUCCAUCAUUAAAGUCCCACUCCGAUCAUCUCCUGAUCUAUUUUCAAAGCCUUCCCAAUGGUCUUUUAGUUAUGAUGAUGCAGUUUUAGCCAAAAUCCGCAAACCUGUCAUUUUCGAGGACAUAUUUUCAGCAGAGCGACAGUAGGUCAUUAGAAAACCACGUCUGAGUUGUGGGUGGAAAUGUUGGCGCAAAGUAAGCCUGUCACCCAUCUGGUUACACUCUUUCCUGCUAGCUUACAGCCCCUCACACCCCCAACAUAACAUUAGCGGCAGCAACAUUUAUUUGGCAGCAACGUUUAUUUGUACAGUUUAGAUCCAGAUUCCAGCUCAGAUGAGGAGAAAACAAAGACGUUCAUGGAUCUAUUUGUCUGACAUUGGAUGAUCAGAAUGGAGCGGAGCAGGAAGCUUGUGGCCCGCCCAGAGUAUUUACUACGAUUGGAAUAAAGAAAUCCUCAAAAAUGCAGUUUUAAUCUUUCAUUUUCUUUAUAUAUGUCCUCCAUCACAAGUAAAAUGGCCACAAGAGUAUGUUAAAAACAGCAUUUUCAUCGGAGUGGGUCUUUGACUUUAUAGUACAAAACAAGAAAAAAAAAGUAUUCUUUAUUUGUGAAAAUCUUUUUGCCAGAAUGUACCAGUAAUUAAUAAAAACACUCAUGUUUAAAGAGGCAACACCGCCUAAAUCUGAUGAAUGAAAUGUACAUAUGAAAACGACUUGUUCACGGACACAAGUGGAUUGUGAACCUUAACACUGCCAGAGGAAAAAUAGACAAACAUCUGUGUCUGCUUUGCACACAUGCUUGUGUUUACAUGAAUGUGUUUUUGUAUUGCAUGCCUUUUCAUGACGAUGAGCCAAAGUGUUGCUUGGUGUGCACACAGCUGCUGCAUCUUCAGGGUUUCAUCCGUGUGCCUGUACCUUGUCACAUGCGUCGCUUACUAAGCUGUGAUGUUGCCUGAGAGAGGUCAAGUCUUUCACAGAGUCUCAGUGAUUUUAACACUGCUGCUGUGUUAAAGUGCACUUUAUCUAACUAAACCUGUGAUUGUGAUUCUUUCAGACAUUCAAUAAUAAAGUCUACAAAAGUGA